AUGGUUCCCUAUGAUGAACCUAUCUACGGGUUCUCCGGAGAGAAGGUCUCAACUCGUGGAUAUAUAGACCUCCACACUAUUUUUCGGGAAGCAUCUCAAAGAAAAACAAUCCUCAUUCGCUUUCUUGUUGUAGAUGUACCCACCUCAUACAACAUCCUCCUUGGUCGACCAUCCUUCAACACUCUAGGAGCCGUCGUCUCCACAUCCCACCUAGUCAUGAAAUUCCCAUCUCCAUCCAGUGACAUCCUUACCAUUCAUGGCGACCAACGGCUCGCACGAGAAUGCUAUAUGGAACAACGCGAUAUCUUGGCCCCUACCCUUAUCGCCAACACUGACCUCUUCACCUGGUCAAUUGCAGACUUACCUGGUAUCGAUCCUCAGGUAGCAGUUCAUAAACUAUCCAUCUACAAAGAAGCAAGGUACGUCUCGCAGAAGAAGCAAAAGUCGGGAGAAGAACGUUGGCUGACAGCAAAAAUAAAGGCCAAAAAGUUACUUAAUGUUGGCUUCAUCGAGGAAGCCCACUACACCACCUGGCUAUCUAACGGUCCAGCCAGCAAUAAGGUUCUCAAUUUUUUAGACGCAUACUCCGGGUACAACCGAAUUCCAAUGGCCACAACCAACAUGAACAAGACCACAUUCAUCACUAACGACACCAAUUAUUUUUACAAGGUCAUGCCUUUUGCCCUAAAAAACGCAUGCGCUACCUACCAAAGAUUAAUGGACAAAGUGUUCAACCACUUGAUGGGCAAGUAUGUCAAAGUAUAUGUCGACGACAUGGUUGUCAAAUAA